AGUCAACAUCAAUUCUUUUGCUCCGUGUGUGUGGCAGGGUUUGAUUGACGAAAUGGGAGCUUACAAGUAUAUGCAAGAGAUAUGGCGCAAGAAGCAAAGCGAAGUUAUGCGCUUCUUGUUGCGUCUUAGGUGUUGGUACUUUAGGCAGUUGAACCGUGUUCAUCGUGCGCCCAGGCCCACCCGACCUGAUAAAGCUCGUCGUCUUGGGUACAAAGCUAAACAAGGGUUUGUCAUCUAUCGCACCCGCAUCCGCCGUGGUUGCCGCAAACGCCAGGUGCCCAAGGGAGCUACGUAUGGCAAGCCUCGCAACCACGGUGUCAACCAGUUAAAGCCGACUCGCAAUCAUCAGGCGAUCGCUGAGGGGCGCGUUGGCAAACGCGUGAAGGCCCUUGUGGUGCUAAACUCAUAUUGGGUGGCUCAGGAUGCCACCUAUAAGUACUUCGAGGUUAUUUGUGUUGAUCCAUUCCACAAGGCCAUCCGACGCGAUCCUCGCAUGAAUUGGGUGUGCAAACCUGUGCACAAGCAUCGCGAACAACGUGGCCUUACAUCGGUUGGCCGCAAACACCGUGGUCUUGGCAAGGGUCGUCGGUACACGAAGACUAUCGGUGGGUCUCGCCGUGCCAGCUGGAAGAGGAGAAACACCCUCCAGAUGCGUCUUAAGCGCUAGAGAAAAUGGUAGUACUCUCCUUCGUCAUAUGGUUGUACAAAUACAGCUGGUAAUUGGUCAUCACCAAUAAACAAACAAUUGGUGAAGAGUUUGAA